UCUAGAGGGGAACAGCGCGCGGUGCUGAGAAAUCUCUUCACUCACUCUCUCACAUGCAUAGAAAUGCAGGAUUAACCCUGUGCGGAGAAGAUCCCUGUGCCAAAACUGCGUUGAUAGUCUACUUCUGAGAAAAGCGAAGGGGGAAAACCCGAAUCCACACGUUCUGCCAUGUACUGUUACAUUUUUACAUUAUUUCCGGGAGAUUACGCUAUCAUUCCGUAACGAAUAACGAGGUGCUCUGUCAAAUUUGGUGAGAACCUGUACUCUCCUAAAAUGAGUGUUUGAGGAUUUAUGGACUGAGACGGGGGAAGUUGCUGGCGUUAGAACUGUUCCUGUGUUGAGAAACAACAGAAAAGACAUUUCAACACCCAUCAUCAGCCGUAAUUUCUAAUUUAUUAACACUUAAUGAGUGCCGACGUUAUCAAACUGACGCGGAGUCGUGGGAAUGGCGUGGAAAAAUAAUGGAUUGGUUUCCGACGAAAGGAUUUUAUGCUUUCUUGAUGUCUGGAUUCUUUAAAGCAGGUGUUUAGGGGUCCGUGUAACCACGAAGGAAACAUCAGCUGUAGCUGAUCCUCAGACAAGAAGCCUCGGUCUCGGCAGGAAAAAAAAAGUGAUCGACGAAGACUGAGGUGUUACCUCUCCGAGGGCCCAUGGAUCUCCCCGUGGUGUUGUUUCUGCUGUGGGGACUGUUACUGGACUUGCUGAGCGGUGCGGUGGGUGGCAUUCUAUACCGCGUGCAUGAGGAACAACCUCCGAGCACACUCAUUGGCAGUCUGGCGGCUGACCAGGGCCUGCCAGACACUGGACACCUGUACAAACUGGAGGUGGGCACUCCCUAUCUGCGGGUGGAUGGCAAAACUGGAGAUAUCUUUACCACUGAGAUCCCCAUAGACAGAGAGACACUGAAGGAUUGUCGUAAUAAAGGCAAGCCCUGCUUUUUGGAGUUUGAGGUGUCCGUCACAGACCUUAUUCAGAAUCAGAGUCCACGGCUGAUAGAGGGAAGAAUUGAAGUGCAGGAUAUCAAUGAUAACACACCGCAGUUCCCCUCACCUGUCCUUACCCUCUCAGUUCCAGAGAACACCCACGUGGGGGCGCUCUUCUCAAUUCCACUGGCCACUGACAAAGAUACAGAGAGAAAUGGAGUAGCUGACUACACCUUAAUAGCAGGACCAGAAGCUGUAGCUCUCUUUGGUCUGCAAGUUGCAGAGGACCGAGGUGAAAAAUUGCCUCAGCUCAUUGUGUUGGGAAGCCUUGAUCGAGAAAGGAAAGAUUCCUACGAUCUCACCAUCAAAGCUGUGGACGGAGGCAAUCCACCUCGCUACAGCAGUGCCUUGCUGAGGGUCGUCAUUGCUGAUGCCAACGACAAUGCACCCCAAUUUGAAAAAUCCUCCUAUGAAGCAGAGGUCGCAGAGAACAGCCCAAUUGGACACUCUGUGUUACAGGUGAAGGCUAAUGAUUCAGACUUGGGUCCUAAUGGUGAGAUUGAAUACACAUUACAUCAGGCCAUUGAUCCUGUGCCAAAACUUCUCCGGAUAGACCGCUCAUCAGGCAUCAUAUAUGUCAAAGGCCCGUUGGAUCGUGAGGAGAUUAACAAUUUGAAGUUUUACGUCGUUGCACGAGACAAAGGUCCCUCACCCAAAAGUUCUAAAACGUAUGUUUCUAUUGAUGUAACCGACCAGAAUGACAAUGCACCAGCAGUGGAGAUUCGAGGCAUUGGUCUUGUGACCCACAGUGAUGGAGUAGCGAACAUUUCAGAGGAUAUGCCUGUAGGCACUGCAGUGGCAUUGGUACAGGUUUCAGACAAGGAUGAGGGAGAGAAUGCCGUGGUGACCUGUGUGGUUGCUGGCGAUGUUCCUUUCCAGCUUCGGCCAGCCAGCGAUUCAUCAGUUGACAACAAGAGGAAGUAUUUUCUGCAGACCACAACACCUCUGGACUACGAAAGGGUUAGAGACUACCGGGUGGAGAUAGUGGCAGUGGAUUCAGGCAAUCCUGCUCUGUCCAGCACUAACUCGCUAAAAGUCCAAGUGACCGACACGAAUGACAAUUCCCCUGUUUUCUCACCGACUCUGUUUGAAGUAGAGUUUGCUGAGGAGAACCAGUCAGGAGAAAAGGUAGUAGAUGUAGUCGCCUCAGAUGCAGACAGUGGCACUAAUGCAGAGCUGGUCUACAGCAUUAUUGCGGACUCUUCAACAAGGGGACUUUUUGAGAUUGACCCUAGCUCAGGUGAAGUACGUGCUCGGAGUCCUCUUGAUCGUGAGCACAAGGAGCGCUACGAGUUUCGUGUUACUGCAGCAGAUAAAGGGGUUCCCAGUCACAGGGGUACUGCCACAGUUGUAAUCAAGGUACUUGAUCGGAAUGACAACGAUCCCAAGUUCAUGCUGAGUGGAUACAGCUUCUCGGUCUUGGAGAACAUGCCACCCCUUAGCCCUGUUGGCAUGGUAACAGUACAGGACAUGGACGAGGGUGAGAAUGCUCAAGUGCAACUUUCUGUGGAACCGGAUGUGGGCAAAUUUGUGAUUCAGAAUGGUACUGGCACUAUUCUGUCCAGCAUCUCAUUUGACAGAGAGAAGGAGAGCAGUUACACAUUCCGCUUGAAAGCUGUAGAUGGAGGGGACCCGCCCAGGUCGUCCUACGUUGGAGUGACCAUCAAUGUCCUCGAUGAGAAUGAUAAUGCACCUGUUGUCACCAAACCAUCUAACUCAUCCUUCAUACGUCUGUCUCCUAUGGCUGCUCCAGACAGUGUUGUGGAAGUGGUCGAAGCGGAGGACAUUGAUUCCGGUUCCAAUGCUGAGCUAGUAUACAGUAUUGCUGGGGGAAAUCCACAUGACCUUUUUUACAUAUCUCCAUCUAAUGGCGAGAUCACACUAACCAAGGAACUUACUCGGAAGCAUAGUGGUCUGCAUCGACUGGUGGUAAAAGUGAGCGAUAGGGGCAAACCAUCCCGCCACGCCAUUGCCUUGGUACACAUUUACGUAAACGAAACCAUUGCCAACGUAAGUCAUGUGGAGGCACUUGUGGGGCAUAGCUUGUACACCCCACUGGACAUGGACAUUGCAGGAGACCCAGAUUACGGUUUGGCUGCCCAAAGAAGCAACAUUGUAUAUGGCAGCUUAGCUGGAGUGGCGGGAGUGGUCACUGUGAUUGUUGUGGUGGUCUUCAUCAGGCAUCGCCUUCAAAGAGAAGCCAAGAGUGGUUAUCAGGCUGGCAAGAAGGAGACCAAAGAUUUGUAUGCUCCCAAGCAAGGUCCAAAAAGUGGCAAGGGGCGAAAGGGUAAAAAAGGUAAGCCACCAAAGUCACCUAAACCUCUUGGAGAGGACGAGGAAGUCAGUCUUCAAAAGAGUCUGAAAUUUAACCUUGAUGGGGUCAACGACAGCCCCAGGAUCCAUUUGCCUCUGACAUAUCCGCCUGGAAGCCCUGACCUAGGCAGGCACUACCGUUCCAAUUCCCCAUUGCCCUCCAUCCAGCUCCAGGCCCAGUCCCCAUCUGCCUCCCAAAAGCAUCAGGCUGUCCAGGAGCUCCCUGCUGCCAACACCUUUGUGGGAACAGGCGGAGAUGACAACUCCACCGGCUCAGACCAGUACUCGGAUUACAGCUACAAGACCAAUCAACCAAAAUACAGCACAAAAACGCUCCCGCAUCGCAGAGUGACGUUCUCCACGGCCAAUCCCGUGCAGGAUCAGCAGGACUCCUCGCAGCAGAGUUACUAUGACAGUGGUCUGGAGGAGUCCGAGACUCCCAGCAGCAAGAGCUCUUCGGGACCACGUAUCGGCCCACUCGCCCUACCCGAGGACCACUACGAGCGGACCACCCCUGAUGGCAGCAUCGGAGAGAUGGAACACCCAGAAACUGAUAUUCGCUCGCUGCCUGAUGUCGCCAUGACGGGAAACUGCAGUCAGGAGUGCAGCGAGCUGGGUCACUCAGACGCCUGUUGGAUGCCCGGUCAGCCUUCGCCCGUCCGCAAGACCCGCAACCCCCCUAAACUGUCCACGUUUGUGCCUUAUCAGGAGAGGGGGAGCCUGGGACGCCUGGCCAAUGGGAGCGUGAGGCUGGGAGGAGAGGAGAACAGGCCACGCCUCCCACCUUCCCGUAGUGCCUACUCCAGUAGUGACCACGCCCCCAGUGACCACGCCCCACUGGAGGAGGUGCCUCUGAGCGUGACAUCAGAGUUCCCGCCUACCAGCCCCCCCUCCAAUCACGCCUCGAAAAGAGAGAUAUACCUGUGAGAAAACCACACCCACCAUCUUUGAUUGACGCACAUCAGAAAUUAGAGACACGGUUGCGAAAAGAGAACAUCGAAUUUGCGACAGGAUAUCAAUUGGAAGGAGAGUGGAAAAAUACGCUAUUGUCAUAAUGUCCGAGUAGAUUUAUUUUAUUUAUUUAUUUAUUCAUUCAUUCAUACAUCUAUUUAUUAGCACUUUUUGACACUAUUUGUUUUUGCAUACCAACCGACGCAUACUUUUACGUGACUAACAGACGUUUAGCUUCGCUAGCCUUCAGAAUGUUCAUGGGUUCGUCUACUAGAUUACCAAGUGCUGUAGUGGGCAGGAGACACUGCUGUAAAAGGGUCUUGAGCCACAUACAGAGUGUCUAACACUCUUAACUUGAUCCUGUCCUCAGAGGAGAGCAGUCUUUGUAAAACGCUGUAAAUACAUUUGUAUGGUGUAUAUAUGAAUAUUCCUAUCAGGCUCAAGUUGAAAAAUCGUAAAAACACGUCUAAAUCAGCCUGAACACCUGAAGUGUGUCGGUACCACGCUUUUGAGGGUCUGAACGUUUAUAACGGCCAUACAGGAACGUGAAAAGACGAGCCGGAGUGGAGGGGAAAACGUCCUGAUGGUGCUCCUUGACCCUUGUUGUGCCCGUCUAGGACCCAGAUCCUGUAUAGUUAUGCGUUCGGUAAGGGCGGGCAGUGGGUUUAGCAGCGAUUAACUCACUAUGACAGACCCUUAACAUAUGCCGGGGUGUGCGUUCGUGCGUCAGGGGACCUACUGUCAUGAAAAGUAACACAUGUGGCUUCUGGCACAUUAACUCGCUAUUCAACAGAUGAGAACGCGCGUGCAUACUUUUGUGUCAUGCGGCAGAACUUGUGUUUUUUGGCACUGUGAAUCUCUCCUGAACUCCCACGGUGUAGUGCAAACGCUGCCUGGCACUCGCAAAGACGCCUACGGCUCACACAGCACAGCCUCAGCGAGGAGGAGACCACCUGCCUCCCCUCAAAUUAUCAGUAUAGUUUUGUUAACUCGAUGGUGUGUUAAGUCCACAAGCACACCUCGUCUCCAUCGAAUGGGUCCAUUUUUGCCACGCUCAUAUUCAGUCCUGUUUUGUUGUUUUUAAGAGUUUUAAAUUAAAUCUUUGUGUCCUAUUUAGACUUUGUUUGAUGAACAAAUGUAUUAAUGCCUUAAAAACAGUUGUAUAUAACAAUCACAAUGGACAAAUUAGACUGAUAAUCCUGUCUUGUCUUCGCAUGUCAAUUGUGCAUGUUUUUUUUCACAAUCAAAAAAAGACAAAUGUUACAAACCACCAUUCGCCAUUUGCUUAUUUUCAGCCACUUCUCUUUUUUUUUUUUUAUAUCUACAUAAAUGUUCUGUCCUCCAUCACUUGGGUAUUUCUUCUGGUUAGUUUUUUUUUCUUUGACACUGUGCUGACUAUCUAACCUGCUCUAAAGCUGUGUCUCCCUCCAAGUUUCAGAGAAUCUCUGGGGGACCAUUUUGACAAUGACUAUCUAGUGUGCUCAAGGACCAUAUAUCUGAUGGACAUUAUCAUUACUAUUGCAUCACGGUGCAUCGCCUCAAUCUCUACUUUUUCCGCACCUGCUGCAGCACAGUACCUGCCCAGAUCCCGGCGCUCGGGCGGGCGUGCUUUGUGUCUGCAGGGGGGUUGACGAUGGGCAUUUCCUUAAUUAGGGUGAGUAAUGAGUGUGGUGCAGUUGGCAUAUGCGAACACUCCAGCCCCCAAAGGAAGCACAGAUCACAGAAAAAGAUCCCGGUCCAAACGCUUCAAUUGUUUAGCGAGUCGCAUUUUUCACUGCACUUACCUCAUCGCGACUGCCUUCAGCGCCUCCCGCCGAAUAAUUAAGGCUGAAACGUAUGGAAAUUACUGGACGUAGCCAUGAUUAAAUAAGGCGAAUGAUUAUCCCGCCCUAAGGAAAGAAAGCACAUUAUGCUGUUUUCAAAGCCAUUUAGUGACUCUGAUAGGGGAAGGGAAAAAAAAUCCAGCGAGAGUCAUGAUCCAGCGUAAUUAGCCCAGCUUUCCCUCCUUCGCGCUGCGGCCGCGCUCUUCCCAGGCGAACGUGCGAGAUCUCUGACCUGGACUUAACACGGCUAAAAGAUAGAGAUGACCACAAAACUCUACCACCACUUAAAGGCUUUCAUCUAUUCAAACUCUGAGUGAAGCAGGUUUUGACCUUCCUCCACUCUGAUGCCAGCCUGAGUCAGAUAGUCUGAAUUGCAGGUUUCGACUCCUCUGGCUUCGUCGCGGCUGUUUUAUUCCUAGUAAUUCUAAGGCUAGACUCCUAGAGUCCUUUAGGACGGAGGGAGGAAUGUCCACUUCUCGUGGUUGUUUUUUUAAACUGGUGUUUAGAUGUGUGCUCUUUCGCUGUUAGAUGUCUGGAUGUGACGAGACGACCGUAACGAACGAGGGAGUCUUUUCUUCGUCCUUAGAGCGAGACUUUUCUUCAUAGACUAACGAAAACUGGUGUUUGUGGUAAACAUCUCUUAAAAAGUGUUCUGUACAUAGCUCUCCACAUCCCCCGUGCGUGGUGUCAAGCAGGCGACGAGUUGAGCAUGAAUUCCAAAGAUAAUUGGUAGAAACCGUUUACUGUUCUUGCUGAAAUGUUAGUGCCGGUUCAGAAACCUUUUCUUGAGAACAAAAGCGACGUUCACUGCACAAAACUCAUCUUCACCGUUCACCCCAAACUGAAGACAGCUGCCUUGAAAGUAUGUCUUUUGCAGGAGAGUUCAAAACUUGUUAUCCUUAAUUGUUGGUUAUAUUUAUAUAGGACUAAAAAUGCUUGUGAUGAUCUGUUUUUGUACAGUUUUAUGUACAUGCAAGUGAAGCUUUUUAAAUCUUACAACAAAAGCCGAUGGCAUAUAAAAAUCGUAAAGUGUUUAUUGAGAUGUGCACAUCUUGCCUUGGAUGGAUUGAUCUUUUUUGCCGAGUCAGUGUGAAUGUGGCCGUCGUAUGCCUGCACCGUAGUCAUUCACUGGCUCCUGUCACCGAGGGCUUUAUCAGAUUUUAUGUUUAUUGUGAACAGUGGAUUGUCCGAUCCGACUUGUUUGUUUGAUUCCCAUGUGUUUUGUUUCGUUCUGUUUCCGCAUGUUGAAAACAAACCCCUUGUAAUAAGUCCUUGCAAAGUUUGUAAUAAAAUGAGUGAAGAAAAAAAAAACAACAAACAAAGAAAUACAUUUGCUUGGUGAGUCAUUGUUUAAGAAUGAAUCUAGGGACUGUGAUCUCUCCAUAAAGCUUUUUCAUUAAUAAAGCAAAUU